UCUGCGGGCCAACGCUCUAACCACUUAGCUACACUGGCCAGGGCAAAAGUACUGAGAUUUUCUUACAGCCAGUGGUAACACCUCCAACAGAGGUGGAGCAGAUGUCUGAUGGAUUUACUGAGGAAACAAGAGCUGUAGUCUUCUCAGGGAGCCACAGGACUCACUCUCUGCACUUUUAAUUCUUAGCUGCCAUUGGGGUUUAUUCAUCUCCUUUAAAAAGCAAGUCAUAUUUAUUGAGAAAUUGAGAAAAAAAUUCAGGGACACCUUGGACUGUGGAUUAGGCUCCAGACCACAAUAAAACAGAUUUCGCAAUAAAGUGAGUCACAUGAACACUGGUGUCCCAGUGUGUAUAAAAGUUAUGUUUACACUACACUGUAGUCUGUUAAGUUUUUGAUAGCAUUAUGUCUAAAGUAAAGAAUGUGUAUACCUUAAUUUUAAAAAAUUUAUUGAAAGAAAAUGCUAGCCCUCAUCUGAGCAAGCGCAGUCCUGUUGCCGGUGCAGGGCCUUGCCUUGGUGUUGAUGGCGGUGAGCUGACAAGGGUGGCCUGAAGUGGGGGUAGCCUGGCAGUUUCUUAAAGGGAGACAUUGGAGGUUUUGUGUCAAGUGACUCUUCCUCAUGAACGGUUUCCCUGCAGCAUUUUACCCACAGGACUUUCAGAAUUACAGCCAGUCCUCAGGCCCUGCCCCUGCUCUGCCAGCCAAGUUUGUGACACUCUAAGUCCUUUGUUGUCGCUUCUUCACAGCAUCCUCACCAGAGUCUGUGGCCGUCACCAUGUUCUGGAAGUUUGACUUGAACACCACGUCCCAUGUCGACAAGCUGCUGGAUAAGGAGGGUGUGACACUGCGGGAGUUAAUGGACGAAGAUGACAUCCUGCAGGAGUGCAGGGCUCAGAACCGGAAGCUGCUGGACUUCCUGUGUCGGCCACAGUGCAUGGAAGAGCUGGUGAGCCUCAUCACACAGGACCCGCCCCUGGACAUGGAAGAGAAGGUCCGCUUCAAGUACCCAAACACGGCCUGUGAGCUGCUGACGUGUGAUGUGCCGCAGAUCAAUGACAGGCUUGGUGGGGACGAGACUCUGCUGAACCUUCUCUACGACUUCCUGGACCACGAGCCACCUCUUAAUCCUCUGCUUGCCAGUUUUUUCAGCAAGACCAUUGGGAAUCUCAUUGCAAGAAAGACGGAACAGGUGAUUGUGUUCCUGAAGAAGAAAGACAAGUUCAUCAGCCUGGUCCUAAAGCACAUUGGCACCUCGGCCCUCAUGGACCUGCUGCUUCGCCUGGUCAGCUGCGUGGAGCCAGCCGGGCUCCGACAGGAAGUCCUGAGGUGGCUUAAUGAAGAGAGGACCAUUCAGAGACUCGUGGAAUUGAUCCACCCGAGUGAGCAUGAAGACAGGCAGUCCAAUGCUUCACAGACCCUCUGCGACAUUGUCCGGCUGGGCAGGGAGCAGGGCAGCCAGCUGCCAGAGGGUCUGGAGCCGGACCCCCUUCUCGCAGUGCUGGAGUCGCAGGACUGUGUGGAGCAGCUCCUGAGGAACAUGUUUGACGGAGAACAGACUGAGAGCUGCCUCGUCAGUGGGACUCAGGUGUUGCUGACCUUGCUGGAAACAAGGCGGGCUGGGACAGAGGGCUUGGUGGACUCCUUUUCUCAGGGACUGGAGAGGCUGUGCACUGUCAGCGGCAGUGUCCUGCACAGCAUUGAGCCGCGGCUGAAGGACUUCCACCAGCUCCUACUCCACCCGCCAAAGAGAGCAGCAAUCCUGACCACCAUCGGCGUGCUAGAAGAGCCCCUAGGAAAUGCCCGUCUGCAUGGCGCCCGCCUCAUGGCUGCACUGCUGCACACAAACACACCCAGCAUCAACCAGGAACUCUGCCGGCUCAACACCAUGGGCUUACUGCUGGACCUGUUUUUCAAGUACACCUGGAACAACUUUUUGCACUUCCAAGUGGAACUAUGCAUAGCCGCAAUUCUCUCCCAUGCCUCCCGGGAGGACAGGGCAGAAGCCAGUGGACCCGAGAGCAGGGCAGAGCCUCCACCUGGGAACGGGGACUCAGGGACCCCCCAGCCUGUUGCCAGCAACCCCGAGAACACAAUGGUGACCCAUCUGUUCCAGAAGUGCUGCCUGGUCCAGAGGAUCCUGGAGGCCUGGGAGGCCAAUGACCACACACAGGCAGCAGGUGGCAUGAGGCGUGGGAACAUGGGUCACCUCACCCGGAUUGCCAACGCAGUGGUGCAGAACCUGGAGGGGGGCCCCACACAGACCCCUGUCAGCGAAGUCAUCCGAGGCAGCACUUCCCUUGCAGGGCUCCCUGCGGAUUGCCGAGGGCGCUGGGAGAGCUUUGUGGAGGAGACGCUGACGGAGACCAACCGCAGGAACGCCGUGGACCUGGUGAGCACACACCACCUCCACCCCUCGAGUGAAGAUGAGGACAUGGAAGGCGCUUUCCCUAGCGAGCUGUCCCUUCAGCAGGCUUUUUCCGAGUACCAGGUCCAGCAGAUGACGGCCACCUUCGUGGACCAGUUUGGCUUCAAUGACGAGGAGUUUGCAGAUCAGGACGACAGCGUCAAUGCUCCAUUCGACAGGAUCGCAGAGAUAAACUUCCACAUUGACGCCGAUGAGGACAGCCCCAGCGCGGCUCUGUUUGAGGCCUGCUGCGGGGACCACAUCCAGCCCUUUGAUGACGACGAGGACGACAUCUGGGAGGACAAGGAGACUCACUGUGCUGCCCGGGGGGUGGCCAGAGCCAGGUUUGGGGGCCCUCCUGCCUCAGAGAGCUGCCCAGAGAAUGGCCUGGCUCGUGGAGACCAGGAUGGGAAGGAAGCUGACAGGGAUGUGGCUCUGGCAGGGGCUCCUCAAGCCACUGCUCAGAAGGGUGGUCCCCACGUGGAAGAUGGCUCAGAAGGUGCCACAUGGACUGUGUUUGAUGAGCCUGUGAACCCAACUGCUUCAGCCCCGGGAGUGGCGAUGGACGUGGGCUCCAGCGUAUGGGCAGCCAGUGUCCCAAGCACCUCAGCUCCGGAGGAGAAAGGCUGGGCGAAGUUCACUGACUUCCAGCCUUUCUGCUGCUCCGAUUCGGGGCCCAGGUGCAGCUCCCCAGUGGACACAGGACAUGGCGAUGCCCAGGGUGGCCUGAGUCAGGGCCCAGAGAGAACCCUUGGCCCUGCCUCCCCGUGUGCCUGGAAUGUGUGUGUAUCCAGGGACACUCCUCUGGUAGCCUCCAACAGUGACGAGGACCAGCAGAAGGUGGCUGUCGCCUCAGAGGCUGUCAGUAUGGGUCCCGGCCGGGAGGCCCCCCCACUGCCCACGUCGGUCCCCAGGGCCACCAGCACGCUGCCAGGUCCCACCUCCCCUGCACCUGUAGAAGCCACUUCCACUCUGGCUGGGGCUGUGCCCCCCGAGACAGCCACCACAGCACUGAGCAAGACCAGUCCUGCCCCAGCCACCCCAGGAGUCUCUUCUGUAUUGACCGUGGCAGUCCCCCCAGGGCCCAUGGUGACUAUCACCACUGCAACCACAGCCAGCCCAGCCGUCUCCACAGUGGCCGUUCUGGGGACAGUGACAAAGGACAGGAAGACGAAUGCACCGCCUGCAGGAGCCACCUCCAAUGGCCCCGUGUGAUGCUGCCGCCCAGCCAUGGCACACCCUUAAUCAGAAAACUACCUGGUGAUGCAACUUGUCUUUUUUAAUUUUAUUUAAUUUUAAAAUAAAUGCUGCAUUGGUAAAGCUGGCAGUUGGACCCAGUCGGACGGCCCAGCUCGCGUCACUCCUGCCUGACCCCACGCACAGCAAUAAGGCUUCAGACGUGCGCUCUGCCUGCCAGAGCCGGGGCCUUGACCCUGAGGUGCCACGAGGACUGAGGGCGUGAUGGGCGCGGAUGCCACAGACUGCCAGCCUGUUUUUACCGAUUUUUUUAACAAACGCAGAGAGCCGUGUUUGCACUUUGUAUCUAGCUGCAGUGAAGGGUCUCCCUGACUCGGGACGAAUGCGCGUCCAGAGCUGGGCUGGCCACACACAGGGUCUUAGCUGCCCAGUGGCCCUGGGAGCUGGCCUUUGAGCCAGAAUGCAAAAUAUGACUGCCUUAAAAAUACCAAGACCCUCGUGGCCUGGCAGGGGUAUCCUGGCCCUGGCACUCCGGUGCAUUUGGGCACCUGGCAGGAGCUGGCCAUGAGCUUGCAGAAGGGGGCAGGGGGCAGAGACUGGCCCCAGCAGUGCUGGGUGGGUGGGGUCUGCACCUGUUGGGCGCAGGGCCAUCGUCCCGGAAGGCCUGCAGGAUUGUGUGAUGCUGAGUCCAUUUUUAAUGUUCUGAUGAUCUGACAGGGCACCCAAAACCCCAACUCCCAAUAAAGUUGUGUUGUUCUUACUGACAAA